AUGGUUGAAUCAUUUAGCAUAAGGAGGCACAGAGAAUAUUCUGAGGUUACUAGAAACUGGUUAUUGUAUGAGAUGGAUCCUACCUAACUCCUUAACAACAGUUAUCAGCUCUCAUCUGUUCCUUUACAGAUUUUAUUUUAUAUAAAUGGGUUUUAUUACAUCUUUUACUUCGUGGUGACACUUGCGAUGAUAAUUUAUAAAAGUCAAGUUUUCAGUUAUCCAGAUGGUUUCUUGGCUCCCGAUCUCGCAUUGCUUUGCAUCAUGGCCGUUCUUGAAGCGCUGCGGCUGUACUUGGGUUCAAAGGGUAACCUGACAGAAGAAGAGGCUCCAUUAGGACUCAGCCUUAUGAUAACGGUCGGAAGCAUGAUUCUAUCUGUGUAUUUCCUGAUAUGGCAAACUUAUGUGCUCAAAGCAGAUGUCAUUAUAAAUGCUGUUCUUCUCUUUACAUAUGGGCUCGAGUCAGUACUCCAGGUCUUGGCUAUUGCUGCUUUUGUUGGCUAAGUCCUAACUGACACAGCAUGUUUUCAACACAUUUCUGCUUUUAAAGAGAGUUUUUAUAUUUCAAAGAUCUAAUUAUUCUGCAUAUCAAAAUUUUGUAAUGCUUUCUCCUGUUAAAUGACCUAUUCUGGCAGAGAUCUCCCUGGGCGGGAGGUAAGAUAGCCUUUCUACCAGCUGUGUUACACAGCUCAUCAGUUAGUGUUCAUCAGGGAUCAAUAUUAAAUAUUAAUUCCCAACACAGAAUAGCAGCCAAUGCUGCAUGCCAUUGAGAUUGCAUGAGUUUUCAUGGCAUAGAGCAACACCACACAAGCAAAGUGACAAGGAACUGAAUGAGGCCAGCAUCGUAUGGACUCGUUUCCUGCACACACUUACGUGUUUCAAGGCACAGUUUUGCUUUAUCACACAUCUGCUCUCAUUUGUUUUCAGACUCCAGUGGUAAUUUCCCUGCAUUUAGUAGGGCAGUACCUGAUUGCUCCCAGUGGGAUUGGGUUGAAUUGAGUUUUGCGCCUCGAAGAGCUGAGCCACAAGGUUUGGGCAGCUGCCUCUUACUGACAUGGAGACCAAAGACAGUGGUGCAAGGGUCUGGUUGUUUAAACACAGCAACCCAAAGAUCAGCAUGAACAUUCACCAUUCACCCUUCUGUCCUGUUAUAAAGUCCAAAAGAAGCUGUCAGACAUAUUUAUAUUUAGUCUUUAAUGUCUUAAGUGCCACAAUUCUGCCAAAGUGACUACAUUCCAACCUCUUUUAUUAAAUCAACUGUGUAAUUUCCUGUUUUUUUUUUUUUUCUCUAUCAAAAAUAUAUAAUAAUGUAAAGCAUGGGAGCUUGUGGGUUUGGGGUUUUUUGGUUUUUUGUUUUUUGGGUU